GGCUCAAGUCAUUUUGGCUCAAGACCUGGUGCCAUGUCUUCCUGGAUAGUCUCAAGAAUGCGUUAUGUCACUCGAAGCGUCGAUAAAGAACUGCGGCCUGACAAAACAAUGGAGCGCCGCACUGCGGUUGCUCCGCGAAGGAGUUCAAUAUGGCGUGCAACUCGUCCCAAGCCACUACUUUGCGACUGUCAGCGCAUGCAGAAAAGGCGGGCAAUGGCAACACACGUUAUCAGUGCUCAGUGAGAUGUGGGUGGCGAAGUUGGAGCCCAACGUCAUCAGCUACAGCGCUGGGAUCAGCGCGUGCGAGAAAGGCCGGCAGUGGCAGCGGGCGCUUGCGCUGCUGAGCGAGAUGUGGGAAGCGAAGCUGGAGUCCGACGUCAUCAGCUGCAACACUGGGAUCAGCGCGUGCGAGAAGGUCGGGCAGUGGCAGCGGGCGCUUGCGCUGCUGAGCGAGAUGCGGGAGUCAAAGCUGCAGCCCACCCUGGUCAGCUGCAACGCUGGGAUCAGCGCGUGCGAGAAGGGCGAGCAGUGGCAGCAGGCGCUUGCGCUGCUGAGCGAGAUGCAAGAGGCGAAGCUGGAGCCCGACGUCAUCAGCUACAGCGCUGGGAUCAGCGCGUGCGAGAAGGGCGGGCAAUGGCAGCCGGCCCUGGCGCUGCUGAGCGAGAUGCGGGAGGCGCAGCUGGAGCCCGACGUCAUCCUCAGCUACAGCGUUGGGAUCAGCGCGUGCGAGAAGGGUGAGCAGUGGCAGUGGGCGCUCGCGCUGUUGAGCGAGUUGCGGGAGGCGAAGCUGGAGCCCGACGUCAUGAGCUACAGCGCUGGGAUCAGCGCGUGCGAGAAAGGCGAAAGUUGCGGGAGGCGAAGCUGGAGCCCGACGUCAUCAGCUCCAGCGCUGUGAUCAGCGCGUGCGAGAAGGGCAAGCAGUGGCAGCGGUCUCAGCUACACCGCUGGGAUCAGCGCCUGCGAGAAGGGUGCGCAGUGGCAGUGGGCGCUCGCGCUGUUGAGCGAGAUGCGGAAGGCGAAGCUGGAGCCCAACGUCUCAGCUACAAUGCCGGGAUCAGCGCAUGCGAGAACGGCGAGCAGUGGCAGCGGGCUCUUUCGCUGCUGAGCGAGAUGCGGGAGGCGAAGCUGGAGCCCAACGUCAU